CCACAAGCACCUCAGGAACAUCAAGUAAUCCUACAAGUACUUCAGGAACAUCAGGUAACCCUGCAAGUACUUCAGGAACAUCAAACAACCCCACAAGUGCUUCAGGAACAUCAGGUGACCCUACAAGUACCUCAGGAACAUCAAGUAGCCCCUCAAGUACUUCAGGAACAUCAAACAACCCCACAAGUUCUUCAGGAACAUCAAGUAGCCCCACAAGUACUUUGGGAACAUCAGGUUACACCAUAG